GUUAUUUCAUGUUUUGAUAGUGGGAAGGGACAACUAUGCGCUCAUUUAUCUACACGAGUUUCAAUUGAACGAACAUGUUAGCCUCGUUACACGGUUGUUUUAACGGUGUCCUACGCGAUGUGUGAAUAAAGCGAUAAUUAAAUAGGUGUACGAAGAAAUAUGUGUGGCAAAUUAUUGUUAGCAAGCACGGUCAUGGAAAAUUGCGUUACGUGAUAAAUUCUUAUAAACAAACCGGUUUUCGGUCAGUUUGUGUUUGCAGUGUCAAGUGAAUAUUUGUUUAUCAUGGCGUUUUCCCUAAAUAAAUUGAAGAACAUUUUGAACACAAAUCGGGACAGUCAACUGGCUGGGAGCGGGAGCCUUGAGCCUGAAAUAGGGUUCAAAUUGGCACUUCACCCCGUCUCCAAGAACCUGUACGUGACGGUCAUCGGGGCCCGACACCUCCCGUCCUUGUUUGGGUUGAGCCGCGCACAUGGAUAUCUUGUUAAGGUCAAAGUGUUCCCGGGUGAGAGCAAAUUUGAAACUACCCUCCAGGAAAGUUCAUGGCCGGUCUGGAACGAAGACUUCAAGUUCCAGCUGAAACAAAAAGAAGUCAAAAAGCCAGACAAACCCGAUCUUCAAGGACUAGUCGCCGGGCAUUUCCUGUCUCUCACAAUAUACGCGCUACUCGAGCCGCCCAAAACAGAAUCGGAGAGAAGAAAAAGUGUAAAAACAUUAGACAAUAAAAAGAACCCUAAAGUAGCAGACCAGGAAGAGCCAAAAGCGAAAACUGGGUUUUUCGAGAAGACAUUUGGUAGUUUCAAAUCGACUAAAGCCGAGGCGAUAGCGCAGAAAUCUGCUCUGGAGAAGAGAAGGACUGUCGGAGCAGCUACGUGGAAUUUCGAUUCGAAGCUGUUUCAGAAUGAUCUGAAGAAUGGUUUAGUUGGAACUCCGGACAUUUGGAGGCCAAUUAAUGCGAUAGCGAGCGGUCUGGCCGCAGCCGACACGAGAAGAGAGAACAAGAAGGGUCAACUGGAAGUGACCUUGUUAUACACAACGAGCGAAGACGGCCUCAACGACGUGGUCACGCUCACCGUCAACAGGCUACGGUGCAGCGUGCUCACCAUGCAGGAACAGGAGCAAUAUAAAGCCCCGCUCUAUUUGAAAGCCACAAUAUUGGAAGCCAACAAAGCGGAAUGUUAUUGGAAAAGUGACAGAUUCGUUCCCACUAUAUCGGCCAGGUGGGACCCGAAGUCUGCGACGGUAAAGCUGUCGGUGUUCAGAGCCAGCUUGUGCAAAGUCAGCAUUUAUAUAAGCCUCGGUUGCAAGACCAAGAUGGCGAAGAAGGAAAUACUCGGUAAAGCGAGCAUCGACGAGAAGUCAGUAAACGCUGAGGCGUGGAACGAAUGUUUGCGGCAACCCGGCAUUCCUAAAACAUUUUGGGUUAACUUUGAGUGACUAAGGAACACAUUUUUCACAUUUUACUAAAAUCAAAUAUCCGUCCUUUACCCUCUUGUGAUAAUGCGUGGUUGUAUUUUGACUGACGAGUGAAAAGGGAGUAAGUAUAACAUGUAUUACCUAUAUGCAACUUACCUAAUCUGUGUAUAAUAAAUAGUUGACAAUACAGGUACCUAAUUAUUAUUAUUCUUAGUCGAAAAACUCAAAAAGAACAUACUACUACUAUUAAUGUAUUGCGGACUAGGCACUACUAUCAAUAAGAAUGGUGAAUGAACUUUUCGCGUAAAAAUUAUUUAAAAAGCUUUGACUAACCAUUACUUUUUUGUAGAAUAAUAUCUAGGUUUAACAAAAAUUUGCAAUGUAUUGUUUUUUUGAAAUCUAAGUAAAACAUUUGACAAAAAUACAAUUGCCUCAAUUAUAGUUUGGUAAAAAUUGGAUUGGCACUCGUGCAGUGGGAAAAGUUAGGUUCGGAAAUGAAUAUAGUUACAUUACGAUACAAGACAAGUGCGAAAAGUAGGAAAUUCGCAAUGAGUGGUGAUAAAUUAAAACACGACCAAAAGGAGUGUUAAAUCGACACAAGUUGCGAUUUACCUAUUCGCACGUGUAUCGUACGUUUUACAGUACAUAUGGCCCUUUAACAUUCGACAUAGGCACGUAUAGUGCUAAUUACCGCACUAGGGCGGUAAAGUAGCACCAUAUGUACCUACUGUACAUUAUGUUAAAAAUAUUGUUGUAGCAUAGCAGGAGCCCAUCUGACAGUUUUCCGAGUAAAUAUGGUAUUAAAGCUAAAGUAUGAAGGCAGUUUCAGGGAACUUAUUAAAUAACCAGAUAAUAAGAAAAGUCGAAGAUAUGAAAGACGUAUCCCGCAGGAAUAUUUGUAUUAAAAUUCAAAGUAAAAUAUUCAACAGGGCUUUCUUUUGGCUUCAAUUUUCGGAACAGAAAUAUGGAAACUAGUUCGUCAGCAAUGUCAGCGUUUUGUCUAUGUCAAAUACCUACCAAAAGUCGGUUUAAGUAAUAGUUUUCUGAUAAAGUAUUUGAUAAUGGUUUGAAACUAGUAUUUCAGGUAUCUAAUUCCUGAAUCAAAAAUGCUAACCAUUCCGAUUUUGUUCGACUUCGGCAAUGUAAUAUCAAAUUUUUGACUAAGUUCCUCGAGUACCGUCAACGCUAUCAAGGCUGUUACGGCUGUUAUGCGUGAUGGAGCAAAAAACUAGAGCUAUGGUUUUAUUAGUAGCCAUGGCUACUAGAGCCUUGCCGCCUGCCACUUUCUUGGGUCAAAUUGGGGCUAUGCAUUUUUCAAAGUCGAAACUGAAACUUUAUUUUGCUCAUACUCGAUAUUUUGUUCUAAAGGGCUCCUCGUUUUAGCGUUUUCUCGAUUCCACCCUAAAGCCUACAUUUAUUAUGUCGCUGCUUAAUGCAGGAUAAUACUCAAGAAAGAUACGCAAGAUUUGUGCAAAUAUGUCGUAGUUAUUUAUGGUUAUAUAUGCACCGUAAGAAGUUAAAAUAAGACAUAUUAAAACGUUUUGUAGAUUAACAUCGAUAUACCUGCUUAUUAUAACCAUGUACUUAUGUCUAACAUCACAUAAAUAUUAAACCCUAAGGAUUACGAAACAAAAUCCAUUUAAGCUUCUAUCAUGACGCAGGGCAAUAUUAAACAUUUUGUUUCAUUUUAUUAUACUUAUCUCCCUGUGUUGUACCUAACUCUUACUAUUUAAUUUAAUACCUAACUAUUACUUAUGACGAAGUAUCUCCGAGACGAUUUGUGGUAGCAGUAGUUUGUCACCUUAAUUACCUAGUACUUAGUAAGUAAUAAUCUAAAUGGUAGACAAUCUAUACAAAACGUAUUUGAUAUAAUUUAACCAAAUUUUUUAUAAAGUACCUAUCUACGUCUGCAAGCGACACUGCAAUUUUUUAAAUUAAAAAAAAAUGGAAUAAUUCGCACGCUUCUGGUAAGCUUAGGUAGCUCAGUUGGUUAGAAGCUAUUGGACCGGUGUUCCAAAAGGUCGCAAAUUCGAGUCUUGCCCAAAACGGUGAAUUUUUCCAUUUUUCUUUUAAUAAAAAAAAUUAAAAUUACGCAAAUCGGCCCGGACAUAUCUCGCAUUAAG